CCAGAGAAAAAGUUGCAAGCAAAACAUCAUUUUUCUAAGAAAAUUUGGGUAACAGAAAUUCUGGAUAACAGGGCAACUCAAUUGGAGCACCAUGAGUUGGAGCUUCCUGACUCGCCUGCUAGAGGAGAUCCACAACCAUUCUACGUUUGUAGGGAAGAUCUGGCUCACUGUGUUGAUUGUUUUCCGGAUUGUCCUAACAGCUGUAGGAGGAGAAUCCAUCUACUAUGAUGAACAAAGCAAAUUUGUGUGUAAUACAGAACAGCCAGGCUGUGAGAAUGUCUGCUAUGAUGCCUUUGCACCUCUCUCCCAUGUGCGCUUCUGGGUGUUCCAGAUCAUCUUGGUGGCAACUCCCUCUGUGAUGUACCUGGGCUAUGCCAUUCAUAAGAUUGCCAAAAUGGAGCAUGGUGAGGCAGACAAGAAGGCAGCUCGGAGCAAACCCUAUGCAAUGCGUUGGAAACAACAUCGGGCUCUGGAAGAAACAGAAGAGGACCAUGAAGAGGAUCCCAUGAUGUAUCCAGAAAUGGAAUUAGAAAGUGAAAAAGAAAAUAAAGAGCAGAGCCAGCCAAAACCCAAGCAUGAUGGCCGACGACGGAUUCGGGAGGAUGGGCUCAUGAAAAUCUAUGUGUUGCAGUUGCUGGCAAGGACUGUCUUUGAGGUGGGUUUCCUAAUAGGACAAUAUUUCCUGUAUGGCUUCCAAGUCCACCCAUUUUAUGUGUGCAGCAGAUUUCCUUGCCCUCACAAGAUAGACUGUUUUAUUUCUAGACCCACUGAAAAGACAAUCUUCCUUCUGAUAAUGUAUGGUGUAACAGGCCUCUGCCUAUUGCUUAAUAUUUGGGAGAUGCUUCAUUUAGGGUUUGGGACCAUUCGAGACUCACUAAACAGUAAGAGGAGGGAACUUGAAGAUCCCGGUGCUUAUAAUUAUCCUUUCACAUGGAAUACCCCAUCUGCUCCCCCUGGCUAUAACAUUGCUGUCAAACCAGAUCAAAUCCAGUACACUGAAUUGUCCAAUGCUAAGAUUGCCUACAAGCAAAACAAAGCCAACAUUGCCCAGGAACAGCAGUAUGGCAGCCAUGAGGAGCACCUCCCAGCUGAUCUGGAGACGCUGCAACGGGAGAUCAGAAUGGCUCAGGAACGCUUGGAUCUAGCAAUUCAGGCCUAUCAUCACCAAAACAACCCUCAUGGCCCUCGGGAAAAAAAGGCCAAAGUGGGGUCCAAAGCUGGGUCUAACAAAAGUAGUGGUAGUAGUAAAUCGGGGGAUGGGAAGACCUCCGUCUGGAUUUAAUCUUGGCUGGGCUUAAAACUUGGGCUUUUCAUAGUUUAUGGUAAGCAACGGCUCACUGAAUAAUGACUUCCAUUGAGUAAACAUUUGGCUCUGGUUAUCUUCAGGGAUGCUGUUGGCUCAUGAUCCAAACUCAGGGGACUCUGAAGGUGGGGCUGGGAUGAGUAGGGAGAGGGAAACACAGUAUUCCUGGGCACAUGUUCUCAGCAAUAAUACAGUUGUAGAACUUUACAUUCAUGUCUUCCAUAUCCAGAGAAGAACAGAUAUAUUUAAAUCAUUCUUGUUGAACAGUUUUUGUAUGUACAGUAUUAUGGUACCUUUUUUUUAGUAUGAGAACUUUUUUUUGUAUCUGUAUAUUGGACUGCUGUAGUUUUUUAUAUUAAAAGUAAAAAAAAUCCUU